AUUUCUUUCUCAGACACUUUGUGGUCAGUUCUAUGCCCUACUAAAGGGUUUCCUUAGUUCCUUACAAUUAACAAUCUUACUAAACAUGGACUCCAUUCAGUAUGUACUAUGUGUGUACCCAUAUGCAGCCGGAGUUAUGUCGUAUUAUACAAGAUCCUGAGCCAACCAGCUGCUCCUUGGCCCACAGCCUACUAUUGAGACAUCUCAAGGAAACCCCAAGUGCGGUGGAGGCCCUACUUCCUACCUACCUCUCCUGCCUCAAGUCACAUGACCACUCGGUCGUCAUGGCAACUGUGGGUGUGGUCUCGGAGCUGGUGUUGCUGUGUCCGUCACGGGAGGGCAGUCGACUUCUGCAGAGGUUGUUUCGCCUGGCCAGUCACAAUUUCAUGAACUGUACUCCUGAGCUACUCCAGGCAGUAGAGGCAUGUACCAGACACAUCUUCCAGUAGACACUAUCUCCAUUGAGUACAUGUGUUUAUUGGCGAGUGAAGCGAGUCUACCUGGUUGUCUUAAUAUGGGUACUAUUAUGUGACAGGCACUGUAUAUACCAUAAUGUUCUACGUGCACACAAAGGAUUGAGCGU